GCAUGAAUUGAGAUGGGUUUCCUCAUUUUGUUAGUAGACAUUAACCGGGUGUAAUUACCAUAUAGUUGUGACUGUGAUCUACGGGUGUCAUACCUAGUCAGAGACCCUUAUGACCCUUGCACCAUUUUUUCGUAGGCCUGUUCGUAGUUUAACGCCAAGGUAAUGUCAGGUUUCUGGUUGAACAUUAUUUGAAAGAAUCUAUCAGUUCCUGUAUUUUGUUUAAGGUCAUCACAAGCAACUUUGUUUAAUAGGCUACCUAGUAGUAUGCUCCAUCCCGGCAGGCCUCGGCUUUUUAUCAGUGACAUUUUAUCAUUUUCUAGAAGAUUGGUAGAACUAUGAAACUUGCAGCAGUGCUUCUUGAUCUUACCUUCCUUUAGGUGUUGGGUUCUAGGAUUACAUGACAAGAACACUCUCAAGUCAUGCAGUAGCCUAAAUUGUGGAAUGAGUCCUGACCUUAUUUAACCUCUUUUGCAAUGGAAGAAAUUUGGCAAGAAGUGGAGGAAGGCCAAAGUCGUUUGCUUGUGUCUUAGAGGAGUUGAGAUUCGUAAUGUUGAACAAUCAUUGUUAUUAAUGUUCCCUAGUUGCUUGAAUGCAGUAGGGUAAACAACUGACUGGACUGGCCAACCCACUGACUACUGCGUUUGUGGCCACUCUUCGAAAAAGCACUUUAACACAUCCUGACACCGGAGGUGGUCAUCAGUCAUGAGUUGUUGGUGGUGAGAGGAACAGCUCGAGACCUCUACUCUCCUUUCGAAGUAAGUAUUUUCCCCAAAGUUAGAAAUUAAGGCCAUAUAUUAAGUAAACAGAGGGUAAUGAAAAGUGUGACCAAACGCAGUGCACACUACCCCCAUGACGCUUUCGAAAUUUUUACUUACAACUAAAAAUGUUUCGAAGAUUUACGCCAUCUCGAUGUUUGCAGAGUCGCUUUUGUCAACAACAAACGUCCCAUUUCCUGUGCUAAAUCCGCACACCACUUGUACCCAUAGACGCUGGGGCACUUUCAUCACAACAGUCGUAAACACCGACUUCCAACCACUACUUAUCCAAGGGAACUAUGGAUUUUAGUAGAAGAAGAAGUGUGCACUAGAUAAUUAUUUAAAUAAAUCGUUAAACGUCAGUAUAAGGUCAUGAAUUGCAUAAAUAUUUUUACAUAUUCAUGAUUAUUAAUGUGAAAAUAUCGUUGUUGAAAAAGUAACUAGAUUCCUGACUCAAAUAUCAACAGUUUUGCUUGUGAACUGUACCUCAGGCGUUCUUCGCGCUCUUCAGUUGUUUAUCAGUGUUGCCAACUGGUAUGUGUUUACCCUCCAAACUGGGUAUAAGACUUACACAAAACUGGGGAAAUAAGUAAAAUUACUGCAUUACUAUGAUAACUAGAAUUCAUGGAAACAGUUUGUAAAUGCAUCGGCGUAUGUGUGAAGCUCUACUAGAUUGGCAACAAUGAGUCAUUUUGCCGUCGUCUGCUCGUAAGUACUUCAGAAAUAUCUGUAAUUUUUCGGGGUUAAUUUGGUUGCAAAAAAGGGUUAAUAGACAUGAAUUAAAUAAGCAUUUUGAAGUAACAAAGUAAAGUUGAACUAAAUAAUGAGUAAAGUAAACAAUUAAGGGAAUAAAGCUUUGCACCUCAUAAAUUGUGUACUCAUGUGCUGCCCGUAACUGUGCUUGUGGAGUGAGCGCUUAGGAACCAGGAACCGCAGCAUGGUUCAAGUGCAAUUUGGAGUGAAUUAAGACCAAAAUGUGUAUAAUUACAAUCAAAUAAGCACUGUGGAGUUUCAGUUGUGAUGGCAAUGAGGAUAAAACCACCGAUUACAAGGUAAAUAUGAAUUUCAGUUCAAACCAUGACCCCAGGAAUAAAAAUUUCAUACUUUCACUAAUAUAGGCAACAAAAUGUUGUUUUAUUGUGCUGAUUACAACUACAAUCUUGAGUAAGAUCAAUAAAUGUUACAUAUAUACGCUAACAUUGUUCAAAUGAGUGCUGGGAAGGCUGGGAAAGAUGGUGGAUUGUUUGUGGUUACGAACGACAAGUCACGUGGUUGCCGCCAUAUUGGAUUUCAAAACUGCCUUAAAAACAUAUUUUACGAAGAGCUCACAUGCUUAUUUUAGUUCGUAUGGCGCUUUCAUAUAUCACAUUAUGUUGACGAAACUUCAAUCUUUUGAAUGGUAUGCUUAAAGAUGUAAUUAUAUUCUUGUUUCACCAAUUAAAUAUCGAGUGAAUAAGGCCGAGCCACGUGAUGACGAUGGAUCGACUGCGGUUGUUUACCAUAUACUUUCAAGAGAAGUUGACCAUUUUGAUGAAGAUGAAGCAAAUUUUCAGUGGCCAGCAAGGGGUCGCCUUGAAUCUCUGUCCUCUUGCUUUGCACAACUUACCCACAAAGCUCAAACUGUAUUUCAAGCAAAUGCAAAAUUGGAGGCUGAGCUUGUACAUUUACGUCAUGAAUGUGCAGAAAGCAGAGCAUUCCGGGAGGUUGCUGUAGCAGAAAGUCGGGAAUUGUUGAUGAGACUUCAUUCAGCACAAUUACAGCUUCAUUCAGCGAAUGGUACAACUAAUGUAGACGAUUCAGAAAAAAUUAGGGAGAGACUUGAACGAGAACUGGAGGAGCAACGUUCAUCAAAUUUGAAAUCUAAUGUCGUUCAUCAUGAAAUAGAUAUUCUACGUAAAGAGAAUGAGUCACUGCGCCGUUACAUUUUAGGACUACAAGGAGAGCUUUAUGGUGCCAAAUUAGCUGCUAAAUAUCUUGAUAAAGAAUUAGCUGGAAGGAUUCAACAGAUUCAGCUAUUAGGCAGAGAUUUACGAGGAGAGGAACAUGACAAAUUAUGGCAUCAGUUGGAAGCCGAGAUACACUUGCAUCGUCAUAAGACUGUUGUUCGAGCAUGUCGCAACAGAUUUUCUCAUAAUACGCAGACUUCACCAGACGCAGGAGGUGAUGCCAGUGGAGCAGUAGUUAGUGGUAACAGCAUGGCUCGUCCCACAAAACAGCAGCACCGUAGAACUGUCAUUUUAAGGAAGGGUGCAAAUGAAGGACUUGGCAUGUCAGUCACUGGUGGAAAAGAACAUGGUGUCCCUGUUUUAAUCUCAGUCAUCCACCCUGAUACUCCUGCAAGUCGUUCAGGCCAGUUGUAUGUUGGGGAUGCCAUCUUGAGUGUGAAUGGUACAUCAUUGAAGGAAGCAAAUCACACAGAAGCUGUUAAACUAUUGUCCUCUCAAGAAGGAGACGUCACUUUAGAAGUAGUGUUCGUCUCACCAGAAGAAGAUGAAGACGAUGAUGCAUCAUUGUUUGGUGACCCUUAUAGUUUUAAGUACAAAAUAUUUGACGAAGAUGUUGUAAGCCUCACCAGCAGCCAAUUAAUGCCUAAUGGCCGUUUGUCUCGGGCUUCAGUUGAAAGUGUUCGUGGCUCAACAGAUAACAUGCUUCUAGAUUCUCCAAGGCGACGUCUGGACGUUGAAGUAAUCAGUGAAAGUAGAGAAGAAACGCUGUUACAAAAUGGCAAUGGUGAUAUUCACGUUGCUGCAAAUGGUGUCGCAGAAAUUAGUAAUGGCUUGAGUUGUGAAGCAGUCUCGCAAGAAAGUCUAAAUGGUGCGCCAGGACGAUUGGAGUUUCACAGUGACAUGGGUGAGAGUUUGGGAAGUGAGGAUGAAGGACACAGACCUUCAGGUACCCCAGAUGCUCUUGCACAAAAACUCUCUGAUAAUGCUCAAGUAGAAGUGGCUUCUGAUGUCAUGGAAGAAACACAAAAUAAACCUCAGCAAGCUAGCUCAGGAGGUGCUGAUGCAGAACUGCAAGAAGUUGGUGACAACAGUUUCUCAGUAAGAGAAACUAUGGACUCAAUUACUGAUGUCACGGAAUCAUCGUUGAGCUCUCCUUCCAUAGAAGAUUAUGAAGAUGAUCAGAACAGAGGCAGCUGUACCCCUCCAGAAGAUAGUGAACGAAAGCUGAGCGUAGUUUUUAAUCCGUAAGAUGAUUUGUCACUGUGAUGUGUUUAUUGCAUCUUCCUCUUUCUGUCACUUUUAAUGAAAUGAAAAUGGGAAAAUAGGAAAAAAUGUCAAGAACCUCAAGUUUUUUUCCAUGUAACUGCAUAGGCAUUUAAAUUUUCUGCUUUACUUAUGCCCUAGUUGUAACUAUUAUUCUUAAUAGAAUUUUUAGUCCAUUUGCUCAUUUUUUACAGGUAUUGAUGAAGAGACCAUACAUACUUUAUAAGUAUAAUGGUGUCUUAGCUUAGAGGGUGAUAAAUAUGUUUCUUAAGAAAAACAAAAAGACUAAAAAUCAGAUUGUACAGAAGUUGGGAGAAUAGGGGAGAAUAGGUAUGUGUAUGUACAAGGGGGGACUGAUUAUCAGACGUGAUUUGACUGGCUGAGAAAGGAAAGACUUUCUUGAUCUUAACAGACCAGUGGCCAAAAUGGAAUACCUCUGUGUAUUAAAGAGAGAGGCUUGUAUCUCAACGGCAAAGCUGGCCCUAAUGGAGCCUAGAAAUGUAACAAGUUUAAAAUAAUCUUAAUGGAAGAAGGAGUCUGUAUUGCAGAAACAAAGGCAUGUGGCCAAUAUUCUCAACAGGUUUAGAUAAGGCCAUUAUCAUUAGAGGUUAGGUAACCAUGAUGAUUAAAGUAAUUCACAACACCAAAGAUAAUUUUGAAGUAACCUAAAUUACCAGAAGGUUUGGGGUUAGAGAUUUGGUUUCAUUAUCUGCAAGGAAAUUCUUCAACAGAAAAUUCCUUUUUUUAAAUUAUCUAUUCUUAUAAUUAAUAGUUAUAUGAAUGUUUCCUUUGUUCCAUUUUUUAAAAUCUAUCAGUAGUUACAUAGUUUUCAAAUUGUUUUUGGAAGCGUUUCUUCAUUUUCUUUAAUUAUUACGUAUUGUAUUUUUUAUAUUUACCAACAUAAUUUCUUACAUUUUGAUAAUUUUUUUUAUAUUA